GUUUCACCCGAUACCGCCAUAUUUUUUUCCAGCUUGCGGUGCGCGUUGUGAUCGUUUGUAUUCGUCUCAAUUUCGGAAGAAAACCGGUCAAAAUUAGUCGACAUUUUCAAUAUUUUUGACGCUGACGGUUCGUAAACAAACAGAGAUGCCGGGCACAGAGGAAGAAGUGAUCCGGAUUGGAAAACAAUUGGAAAAGAUGGUUUCAAAAAAUGCUAGCGACCUAGGUAAUGCCUUUGAUUUGCUGAAAUCGUUGAAAGAACUUCCAAUGACGCUAGAAGUGCUUCAGAAAACUCGAAUUGGUAUGUCAGUGAAUUCGCUAAGAAAACAGAGUAGUAACGAAGAAGUCAUUAGUCUAGCUAAAUCUCUUAUUAAAAGUUGGAAAAAAUUAUUACCAGCACCAUCCAGCAGCAAAAGUAGCAACAAAGACAAUCAAGAUUCAUCUCGAGAUUCACCAACAGAUUUAUCACAAGACGGGAAUUCAAUAAAUAGUAAUAACGACAACAGUAGCAGUUCACAAUCCAAAUCAUCUAGUAAGUUUCAGGUACCCAAGACAAAUGAUGCAGUUAGAGAAAAAUGCAGAGAAAUGUUAACAAAUGCUCUCAAGACACCGUUGGGUGAUAUAGAAAGUGUGGGUACUGAGGAAUUGGGUGAGCCGGAGGAGAUUGCUGCCACUAUUGAAGAUUGUAUAUUUACUGAGUUCACUAACACUGAAGCGAAAUACAAAACCAGAGUACGUAGUCGAGUAGCUAAUCUCAAGGAUGUGCGCAAUCCAAUAUUACGUCAGCAAGUUUUAUGUGGUAGUAUCCCUCCUGAGAAAAUUGCUAAUAUGACUGCUGAGGAAAUGGCAAGUGACAGACUGAAAGAGUUACGACGUGAACUAACAAAAGAAGCUAUAAGAGAGGCACAGAUGUCCACCACAGGUGGAACAAAGACAAGCCUUCUUAAAUGUGGCAAGUGUAAAAAACGAAAUUGUACAUAUAACCAGGUUCAAACUCGAAGUGCUGAUGAACCGAUGACGACAUUUGUGUUUUGUAAUGAAUGUGGAAACAGAUGGAAGUUUUGUUGAAGAAAGAAGACUUUUAAAGUAUAUUUGUGUAUGACUAUAAUCAUUUAUGUUUUCGUAAUGUGUACAUACUUCUGGAUGUUCUUAUUUGAUUGGAUGGCACUGCCUUGAAGUAUUGAGCUAUUCACCCCUGCAUCACAUAGUGGUGUGUUCCUGUGUUCUGAUUGGUUCUGAUUCAGUCAGUUCACCACAAGCCAUAACAGAUUGUAAUGCCUCAUUUGCAGUGUGAUAGUUUCAGAAAUUGUUAUUACCCAUACAUACUAGAAGCUGACUUGGCAAGCAUGAAUUAUGCAAAUUGCAUGCUAAUAUUAUUUAAAAUAUACAUGACCAUCAGUUAGAAUCAGUUAUGAACGAAAUAAAAUGAUUGUAUUGUUUUCUUGAUGGAUAUGUAUGGAUUCUUCUAACACCCAAGAUACAUCAGUGUUUGCUUUGCUGAACUGAAAUGCAUCAGAGGGGAGGGUAUAUUUGUUACUUCAUUCUAGAAUUUUCUUAUCUUUUCUAAAAUUGCUUUUCUCAUCAGUGGAUGUUUGUUUUUGACUUGUCAAUAUCACAAUGUACAACAACCUAUUAGUGCUUUAGUGUUUAUGUUCAUUUCAAAUACAGAUCACUUUUUAUGCUCUU